ACUUGUCAACCUGUUCGUCUCAACCGGAAGGCAGCGGAGCAGAGAGGAGAGUGCUUUCAGCCCGACCGACCAAUCACGACGGCCCUUGGCGGGACUCGGAGCCGAGUGCUGUCGUGCACUGCGUUGACAACAGCGCAACGCGGUCAAUCUGGGUCGCAGACGCACAGACAAGAGCCGACAAGUCGCGCAUGUCAUGCCGGGCAGAGACGAAGUUGCGGGCGCCAGCCGGUCGUCAGUCCGGACAGUGUCGCUGCUGUUGGCGUGUCUGUUGGUGGCACUCAUCGUCACCCUCUCCCUCCGGCCCUGUUGCUAGCCUGCCACACCUGCAUGUCCCCCUCUCGCCCACCCCUACCCCACCCCCCCUCGAGCCCAGUCUCGAGGCUCCGACCUUACUGCCAGUCUCCGUCCAGCUCGACUGAAUGCAACCACAAAUUGGUACCAUCCUCCCACCAAAAACCGUGUCAGCAGAGACGAACGAACUCGGCGCUUGUCCGCAUGUCUGUACCGCUGCAAGCGUGGACGGCCCACCCGAGUCGAGGGUCGUUACGCAAUCCGACACAAUCGAUCCCUCGCGUCGACUGUCGGUCUCGAGAGGUAACGUCUGUCAAGGCACCAGCUAACGUCGUUUCACUUGUCUCGACCGGUCAACAGCCAAACAGCCAAACACCCGAACAGCCGAACAGCCAAACAGCGGAACAAGCAGAAAAGCGGACAACUCAACAAAUGGAGGAAUGGACAAGCGACGAAUCGGUCAACCGGUCAGCGCAAGGCCGGACUGCCAAAUCAGCUGUUGGGAAUCGAGGCCAGCAUGUUUCGGUCGAGUGA